AUGCCAACACCAGUCAAGAUCCCAAGGGCGAAUUAUGACUCUAGCGCGAUUGCGGCCUUAUAUAUCAGGUGUCAACAAGCUUGUCUACGUAUAUUCUGCCAUGUCACACCGCCCGAGAUAUCUCCGUCGCUAUCGAAACUCCGCUUCAUUAUCCAGGACUUCAUGCAAGUCUGUGCUUCGAGCAAUCUGAGCAACUACCCUGCCGCAAUUGUUCUCCCAUAUGAUGGCAGAUCUUCCACCCGUCUCGAAUCGCGCCACAUCCAUCCCGUCUUCUGGCCGCAUCUUACUGAUCCCAUGUCCAAUUCCAUAGGCGACUACUGCGAUGUGUACCUUACACACGACUCCAUGAGUGUGCGCAAGGCGCAUAACUCCGGACGAAACCACCUGAGGAACGUGUUGGAAUACUACCAGCAAAUCGGUCAAGAAAAGGCCCAAUCCGUCAUCGACUCCAUCACCUCGUCCUACGCCGCUGAAGGUCAAGCCGUGCCGAACCCUGCCAUGGCUCCCCCGGGUGCUUUCCCUCCUCCCCCGUUCGCCUUUCCUCCCGGUCGUCCAGGUCAAUUCCCACCUCUUCCAUUCGGAAUGCCCCCACCCGGCGCACCAGGUGGUGCCCCCGGCAUGCCUCCUCCCCCCGGCGCUCGCGGUCUCCCCUUCCCACCUCCCUUCCCCGGCGCGUCCGGCGCUGCUCCUCCCGGCUCUAUCCCCCCACCUCCCCUUCCCAACAUGCCCCCAGGCCAAGGCUUCCUCCCACCUCCCGGCGGCUUCCCGCCCGGCUUCCCUCCCAUUCCGCCUCCUGGCCAGGGCCCUGCGGGAUACAGUCCCAGCCCCGGACCCGGGAUGGGCGGUCCCCCCGGCCCGUCAGAUGGAUACGCGCCUCCGGGUGCCGGACUGGGUGGUCUUCCUGGUCCGCCUCCUGGGUUGGGGGAUUCGCGAUGA